ACGACUCGUGUUCUUUUGCAGUCUGCACCUCUAGCUAAGAUGGCGGCAUCGCUGGGAAGGGUUUGCGGUUCGGGUCUUUUAAAAGCCAGUAAUGGUGCUCUAUUUAAUCAAGUCAGCACCUUCUCGACCGCCCGAGACUGGGCAAAGGGACGAAAAACGCUGCUAGCAUGCCUUGGCGUUGCGACAGGCGGUGCUGGAGCUUUGGUAUAUGCCUUGGAAAGUUCCGUGAAAGCUGAGGGCGUUGAAUUACACGCUCCAAAUUAUGCCUGGGACUUUUAUGGGCAUUUCAGUUCCUUCGAUCAUGCCAGCUUGAGAAGAGGUUGGGAAGUAUAUAAGAACGUCUGCUCCUCGUGCCACAGUCUCAAGUACGUCGCAUUCCGUGAGCUCAUUGGCGUUACUCACACGGAAGCGGAAGUUAAGGAAAUGGCUGCAGAAUAUGAGAUCAAGGAUGGUCCAAAUGACCAGGGAGAAUAUUACAUGAGGCCAGGAAAACCCUCGGAUUACGUCCCUUCGCCGUAUCCCAAUGAGGAGGCUGCUCGAGCAGCUAACAAUGGUGCUUAUCCACCAGACUUGACGUAUAUAGUAAACGCUAGACACAACGGAGAGAAUUACAUCUUUUCUCUCUUGACUGGCUACUGUGACCCACCUGCUGGCGUCGUUCUAAUGGACGGCCAGUAUUACAACCCUUAUUUCCCUGGUGGAGCUAUCGGUAUGGCACAGGUAAUCUAUGACGAGGUACUUGACUUUGAAGACGGAACUCCAGCAACUGCAUCGCAGGUAGCCAAAGAUGUAGUCAGCUUCCUUACUUGGGCAUCGAACCCAGAGUUUGAUACCAGAAAGCGAUGGUUUAUCAAGGCCGUGGGAAUCUUCACGUUAUUGCUUACGGUUACUUAUUACAUGAAGAGACACAGGUGGUCAACCAUCAAGAGUCGUAAGAUCGUUUUUGCGCCGAAAAAGUAGUAAAAGUUUGCAGAUAUAAUAACACGAGUUAAAAUAAUUAGCCAAGAAAAAUUAUCUGAUCCCUCAUGAUAAAGGAGAAGUAGUUUUUUAUUUAAAACCGCAAGGAACAGAGACAGUUUUCGAUGUUAAACAGUCAAGAAAAGCAAAGAAAAAAAAGAAAAAUAAUAGUAAGAACUUACGUUGAAUAAAUCGUGACCACAUGCAUGCGAACGUUGGAAGAACUGGCAGACAAAUAUAUGUUUGUAUAUUCAACAUCAAAUAAUAUUAAUAAUAUAUUAAUAUCUGUACAAUGUACAUAGCGACAAUUACCUAUUUACCCAUUGACCUAGGAUUGGGUAAUUUGUCAAAAUAAAAACAAAGAAAUACAAUACUCUCCGCAAAUCAACAAAUGUCUCUAUAACAAACAAUAUUGCCUCUGCCAUUAAUGUGUGCGCAUUGUAAUUAUCAUACAUACAUACAUGUACGUAAUGACUUUGUAGAUCAAAACGCCAUUGUACAUCGUGAGUUGACUCUCACUGUAAACAUUGAACAAUAAUAAUUAUUCGUUUAAUGUUUGAA